AUGAAGAACAUCUGGAUCUUGGCAGCAAUACAGCUAUGCGUGGCGUCAGCAAAUGCAUCGCUUGAGCAAACAUGCAUGUCCUUCGACCCCACAGAGUACUUGACCAAUACGACGCUUCGCCUGCACGAGUAUAUCCGUGCCAACACCACCAUCUCACUUCCGGGCAUGGAUGCAUCCUGCAGCCGAUCCAAGCAGCUAAUACCCACCGAUGUCUGUCGAGUAGCUCUCACCGUGCCCACGAGCAACCGCUCCUCCUUCAUUAUGGAGCUCUUCUUGCCCGAUGAAGCUACCUGGACCGGCCGUCUCCUUGGCACUGGCAAUGGAGGUAUCGAUGGCUGCAUCAAGUAUGAGGAUAUUGCGUAUAGCCUUAACCACGGUUUCGCGGUCACAGGUACCAACAACGGCCACAACGGGACUGGAGGAAAGGAUUUUUUGGGUAAUUCGGACGUUAUACUGGACUUCUCUUGGAGGGCGCUGCACAUGGCCGCUGAAGCUGGGAAGACACUAGUCGAGGCGUUUUACGGCAAGCCUCACGAUCAGAGCUACUAUCUCGGCUGCUCCGGUGGCGGUAGGCAGGGGAUACAAGCCGCAGGUUUGUUUCCGGAGGACUAUGAUGGGAUAUUGGUCGGUGCCCCGGCGCUCAACUUCAACUAUAUGUCGGCAUGGCGUGCCAGAUUCUUCGUCCUCACGGGUGCAGCGAACAGCUCGGGUUUCAUCGACGCGGCAACGUGGGAAGGUCUCAUUCACGACGAGGUCCUGAGGCAGUGUGAUGACCUGGACGGUGCGAGUGACGGCAUACUGGCCGACCCAAAUUUGUGUGUAGCGGUGUUUCGACCAGAGGCACUGCUGUGUGGCACCAUGAAUGCAACCAACUGCUUGACGAUUCAUCAAGUCGAAACUGUCAGGCAGGUAUUUAGUCCACUGUAUGGUGUCACUGGGCAGCUGAUCUACCCACCAUUGGCCCCUGGCGCGGAAGUUGAUGCCACAGAUCGUCUGUUAUCCGGCUCACCCUUCCCAUACUCGGUCGAUUGGUACCGCUACGCCGUAUACAAUGACUCGAGCUGGGAUCCUGCGUCAUGGACAAUCAAUGACAUCGCUCCUGCAGACGAGAUCAAUCCGGGCAACGCACGUACCUGGCCAUCCAACCUUUCCCCGCUCCGCGAUGCCGGAACCAAGCUACUCAUCUACCACGGUGGUGCGGAUCAGCAGAUCACGGGCUUCGAUACUGAGAGAUGGUAUAACUACCUGUCGACGCAGAUGGAUGCGACGAGCGAGGAGCUGGAUGAUUUUCUGCGCUUCUUCAGGGUACCUGGCAUGGGCCAUUGUGGUGACGGCAUUGGUGCAUGGCAGAUCGGCCAGAAUGGUGCCGGUGCGAACGGGACGCUUUACGAUGCGGAGCACAACGUUCUGGCAGCGCUAGUCAACUGGGUGGAAGAGGGCAAAGCGCCCGAGGCAGUCCUCGGGACUAAAUUCAAUAACGAUAGCGCGGCCGAAGGUGUGGCUCUGACACGGUGGCACUGCCGGUAUCCUCUCCGCAGUACCUAUCUAGGAGGCGAUGCAGCGCUGGCCACGAGUUGGACUUGUAGGUAG